AUGUAUAAGCAAAAGACAUAUGUCUAUGGAAAAGUAUACAAGGGAAUAUAUCUGAUAUUCUUCCUAAUCAGCCUGAUAAAACAGAAGCGCGUAACAAACAUCGUGACUGGCUUUGUGCAGUGGCUUCUUGCUAAGUCUCAUUUUCCAGGGGCUUCUAAACCAUUUAACUUUAUUCUGGUUAAGCUUAAUGACUGUCUAAAUUGGACUAUGAAACUGGAACAGCUGAUUAUUGAGGAGAAUAGUGCAAUGUUCAGACGACUUAGUAGAGUCAUCUAUUCUAAUGCAUUUGUACAGUAUCUCUAUACGACUAUUCCAACAGCACUUUCGAAUAAUGUGGUGUUCAGUAGAAUCAUUAAUGCAUUAUUUAUGCUAAUGAUAAGAAGCAAAUUGUUGCUUUUUAAGGGAAAGGCUAAAGUGGCAGAGAAACUCGAAGAGUUGUACACAGCAGCCAGUGAGACACCAAAUAGCAGAAUCCAGCGCAAAAUAUACGCAUUCUUAUCCAUGGUAUUCUACUCAAUGUCCACCAGACACGUAAUGUACAUUUGGUACGGCUGGCUCAAGCUUGAGUCCCUUACAAUCUAUUCAGCAAUAGGAUUGGCUAUAUUUGGAUGCAAUAGGUUCCUCCUGGUCGAUAUCUACGUGUUUCUAUCUGGCUUCAUGCACCUGUAUGAAUCUACUCAGAUUUAUUAUGAAAUACCUGAGAAUUUGAAUAGGGCAGCUGAGUUGAACGAGUUUCUCAAGAAAAUAACAUUCAAGAAGAUCUACAACACAAACAAGCGCGCUAAUAGUAUGCCUGACCUAACUGACAACAGAAGUGCUACCAGAUACUACUAA